GUGGUGGCAGCGUGACUGCCUGCGUCAGCCAGCCCUGCAAGCCCCUGCCAGCUAGUGAACGCUGCUACUGGAGCUACCGUACCCUGCAGAGAUCCGUGUGUGUGUGUGUGUGUGUGUGUACGCAGAUGGGAAAGGAACUGAGUCAGGGAGGGCUGCCUCUCAUCUCCUCGCUGUUAUCACCAUCCUUCACUCUCCCUCCUCUCCUCCUCUGCUGCCAUGGAGCUCCAGCAGGCUGAAUCACAACAGCGUCUGCAGAAAGGGCUGAGCAGGUAGAUGUGUAUGCGUGUGUGGUGCUCCUCUGGGCCAUUAUGGAGCGUGUGUGUCUGAGAAGGUGGGCAUCAGGCUCCGCUGUUGUGUUCCUUCACACACUGGCCUUAUCCUGGACAGGUGCAAUUGAGCCCGCCCCCAAAAUUGACGGACGGCACAAGGCAGCUGUGACAUUGCAGGAGAACAUGACACACCGGUUCAACUGCCAAACAGGUGGCUGGGAUCCCCGUGCCCCUCCCUUGCUUACCUGGUACCUGAACGGGGAGCAGCAGAGAGAGCCCCACCGUGGGCGCCUGGUGAUGACGUCGCAGGAAGAUUCUGAGGUCAUGAGACCGGGAACCAAUCACAACAGCACCUUCUCUCUGCGGGCCAGGAAGUGGGACAGGGAGCUAGUGUGUGUCGCAUCGAAUCCCAGGACAGGAGAGAGUUACAAUGCCACGGUCACACUCAAUGUCCAAUUUCAGCCAGAGAUCCUCAGGGUAAACGCCCACUACAGUGAAACCUCAGAACCCGGCCUCUCCCUGGUCCUCUUCGCCUUGGUAAGGUCUAACCCGCCCGCCACCAUCGCCUUUGUGGACCAGUCCGGCCAGCUGGUAGCCAACACCUCUGACUUCCUCAUCCUGGACUCACGAAGCUAUCCCUGGUUGACCAAUCACACGCUGAAGGUCAUGCUCAGUAACCUAUCAGGGAAUGUCUCGCUCAACGCCAGCAACAGUGUGGGAACUGUGCAGAGUAACCUAACACUGGCAGAGUUCCUUCAGUCUCGUGUGGAGGUGCCCAUGCUGGGAAUAGUGACUGGGGGAGCCAUGGCCUUCAUGGCCCUCCUCAUCCUCAGUCUGAUAGUUCUCUGCCUCAUGCAAAAAAACAAGAUCAAGUCCUUUGAUGAGCCAGUGGAGAUUCUGAUGACCAAGAAAAGUGACUCUGCCAAUCUGAAGGCAGAGAAAGCUGAUAAGACCCACAUCCCGAGAGAGAACAUGUCUCUGCCUUCUAACAUGCAGCUCAACGACCUCAGCACUUUGAGAAAAGCCCGAGAGGCGGCCCAGCAGAAUAGUGUGGGUGAGAAGAAGGAAGAGGAGGAGGAAGAUCUGUCUUUAGCCUAUGCUGCUAGAGGUUUUGCCCGAUAUCCGAUGGUGGGCUACAUCUAUAAAGUGAACAGCACAAGCAGCGAGGAGAUCUGGCUGUGACUGACCGCAAAAUUACAAACACAAACACACACACACACACACAAACAUAAUGUUCAUGCAUGCAAAACAGUGCAGCUGUCCGAGAGGAAACCCAGAACAACUGCCAGUCAGUCAUUUAGCCAAUCAUCAAUCUCCUUCAAGCUGGACCAGGACGACCAGGAAACUGUCUUGUUGUGAAGAUCUUAUCUGUUUCUGGGUCACAACACACUCUCUGACGAGUUCAUCAUGUGUCUUUUUGAAUCUCAAUAAUGCAAAGUAUGAACUCUACGUAUAAAUGCUCAUGUUCUGUAUGUUUUGACAUGAUUUCCUCCUGUAACCACAUACUCAUAAUGUCCUCCUCCCCGUUGCAUUAUUGGAAUGCAUUAAUUGUUCUAUGCUAACACCAGAAUGUCCAAGAUACUGUACUGUAUGUGAGAUUGUCCAUUUUGAACAAUAGUAUCCAAAUAAGAUGGCACAUAAUUAAAGUACAUGUAUUUGUAUAAUGGAUAUGUCAUGUACUGUAUAUUUGUAUGCAUAUGUAUAUGUGUAUAAAAGAGGAUGUCUAAUAAAGAUGAUAAUG